CAAACGUUGGAUAACAAUCUCUUAAAACCGUUUAUUUGGAUUUUAACUGGUUUGAUAUAUACAUGGAUCAUGGAUAUCUUCAGUAUUUAUAUCCGAAGCAAACUACAAAAUGGAUCUGGUUAUUCGGAAUUACAUCAGCCGUUGUAUUGGCUGUUCAGUAUUAUGAACUUCCAGUAUUCAGUAGCAUAUCAUUUUUACUUUCUGGUGCCAAGGCUUCUUUCCUUCAAGAAAGUUAUUUCUCGAAUAAUGGGACGAAUAAUAGUCUCAAGUCACACAACUUAAAUGAUACUUAUCUAGUUGUUAACGGGUCAAAAAUUAACAGUGAGGCCCCUUCAAGAGACGUUGACACGAAAAAUGUAUCGUCUUUGAUUAAUCCUUCCAUGGUUGAUAAGAAAAAGCCUAAUAUGGAGACUUUGCCAGUAAUGUCGAUUUCUCAGAUGAAUGAAAUGCUUCAGAAAAGUCAUUCUUUGCCUCAUUUAGUCCCAGCUCAAUCAAGGGUCGAUCAACAACUGCUCGAAGCAAAAUCACAAAUUGAGAAUGCGGUCGUCACAAACAAUGAGACAGGGCUUUAUGCCCCAAUUUAUCGGAAUAUUUCCAAGUUUAUCAGGGUGGAACACAUUACUAGUUCAAUAACCGAGAAGGAACAUUUUUACAGGAGUUAUGAUUUAAUGGAGAAGAUGCUCAAAGUUUACAUUUACAAAGAUGGGGAAAAGCCAAUUUUCCAUGAUUGGAUACUAGAGGGAAUAUAUGCAUCCGAGGGUUGGUUCUUGAAGUUGAUGGAAACAAACAAACAGUUUGUAACAGAAGACCCCAAUGAAGCUCAUUUGUUUUACAUACCGUUUAGUUCACGUUUGCUACAGUUGACACUAUACAUUCCUCAUUCCCACAGUCGUGAUAAUCUGAUUCAGUUUAUGAAAAAUCACACUGAAAUGCUUAUAACAAAAUAUCCAUUCUGGAACAGAACUAAUGGAUCAGAUCAUUUCCUAUCUGCUUGCCAUGAUUGGGCCCCGGCGGAAACUAGGGGACGUCUGCUGAAUACCAUAAGAGCCCUUUGUAAUGCUGAUAUACAGAGAGGUUUCAGCAUAGGGAAAGACGUUUCACUUCCAACAACAUACGUACGGUUUGCAAAUAAUCCUCUACAAAAUGUGGGAGGCGAACCACCCUCUAAUAGAACGAUACUAGCAUUUUUUGCAGGACACAUGCACGGUUAUGUCAGGCCCGUUUUGUUAAACCAUUGGGGAAACGAUACAGACAUGAGAAUAUUAAGCCGAAUGCCUCAUGUCAAAGGUAACAAAAACUAUAUAAACCACAUGAAAACGAGCAAGUACUGUAUAUGUGCUAGAGGUUUUGAAGUACAUACCCCAAGAGUCGUGGAGUCAUUAUUUUACAACUGCAUUCCUGUGAUUAUAGCAGAUAAUUAUGUGCUUCCUUUCUUUGAGGUUUUGAACUGGGAGUCGUUUGCUGUUUUUGUACUUGAGAAGGAUAUUGCAAAUUUAAAGAAUGUAUUGCUGUCGAUAUCUCAAGAAAAGUAUCUUGAGAUGUACGAGGGAGUGAAAAAGGCAAGAGAACAUUUCUUUUGGCAUUCGGACCCGAUUAAGUAUGAUGUAUUUCAUAUGAUUCUGCAUUCUGUUUGGUACAAUAGAGUUUUAAGAACGAAUUUCAUAUAGAGUUAUGAGCAAAUGUCUUGUAGAACAGAGACAUUAGUUAAUAAAAUACUUCCACAAUUUUACACUUUA